AUGAUGUCUUUCAGCCCAUUAUUGUUAUUGUUGAUUUUUGCCCCGUUUCUGGAAAGUCGUAAAAACAUCAUCCUGAUUUUGACGGAUGAUCAGGAUAUUGAGCUGGGUUCUAUGGAUUUUAUGCCAAAAACCACAAGACUUUUAAAGGAUAAAGGAGUUGAGUUUACUGGAGGCUUUGUAACAACGCCAAUUUGCUGUCCGAGUCGUUCUUCAAUUUUGACGGGUUUGUAUGUGCAUAAUCACAAUGUUCACACCAACAAUAACAAUUGUUCGAAUCCGAUUUGGAGGAAACUUCAUGAACCCUAUACUUUUGGCGCCUAUCUACAGAAAAGCGGUUAUAAAACCGCGUAUUUCGGAAAAUACCUAAACGAAUACACCGGAAGCUAUGUUCCGGAAGGAUGGAGCCACUGGAUGGGGUUAAUUCGGAACAGCCGCUUUUAUAAUUAUACUCUAAACACCAAUGGAAAUCUUAAGAAACAUGGGUUUGAUUAUCAAUUGGAUUAUUUAACUGAUGUGAUUACAAAUUCUUCACUUAAAUGGGUCGACGAGCAUUUGGCUGAUUCUUCGGAUGACCCAUUUCUUGCUGUUUUGUCAUAUCCGGCUCCACAUGGACCCGAAGACCCGGCUCCGCAGUUUUCCGAGAGUUUUGAAAAUGUUAGUACGCAUAGAACCGCUUCUUGGAAUUAUGCUCCAAACCCGGAUAAGCAAUGGCUAUUACAACAGACUGGAAAAAUGGAGCCGGUCCAUGUAGCCUUCACCGAUAUUUUGCAUCGAAGAAGAAUUCAGACGUUGCAAAGUGUUGAUGAUUCUGUACACAAAAUACUAACGAGCCUUCGUGAAAAAAAACCAAUUGUCAAAUACCUAUGCCAAUUUGGUUUGAUCAAGGGCAAAAAUAUGCCGUAUGAAUUUGACAUUCGGGUCCCGUUCUUCAUUCGCGGCCCUGGAAUCCCAAGAAAUGCUACAGUGCGUAAGGCCGUAGCAAACAUCGACAUAGCGCCUACGAUCCUCGCGAUGGCAGAGGUCGAAAUACCUGAUCGAAUGGAUGGCCGAUCCCUUUUAGAUUUAUUCCAAUCAGGGAAAGGGGCCAAAAAGGACGGCCAGCUAGCCCCGUGGAGAGAUACAGUACUCGUGGAGCGAGGGAAAAUGCCUCGAUUGCGGAAAGUGAGGGAUCGUUGGAUGACGAUGAAAGCUGUUAGGAGUAAAGAUACACGUCUAGCCAAGGAAUGUUCAAGCGGGAAAUGGAGUGGGCCAUGCAGCCCGUUUCAAGCUUGGAAAUGCUAUAUUGCGGAAGAUAGUCGGUGGCGGAUUCAUAAAUGCCGGAGAAGACGUCGAGGGUGUCCAUGUCGACGGAGAGAGAAACGUCAAAUUGAUGAGGAGCUGAUUGAUGAAUUUCUUCAAGAACGCUAUGUCGAUAACAUGGCAGCGUCGUCUGAAUGGCAUCAAGGAAUCUUUGAGGUUGAGGAGGGAAAGCUACGUAUGCGUCGAUCGUUGGAAGAAUGUCCUUGUUUUGGAAACAUGACCAACACCGAUCAUCCAUUAAAAGGAUUUGAGAAUUCGGAAGAAGAUGAGGAGUUUCUAGAUUCAACACUGAGCAAGAAGCAAAAGAAGCGAUUAAAGAAACAGCAAGUGAACAUAAAAACCAAGAAUCAUAGUUUUAGGUUCAAUUCCUGCUCGCUUCCACAAAUGAACUGCUUUACCCAUAAAGCUUCUCAUUGGAGAACACCACCGUUGUGGCCAGAGGAAUACGGCGAAUUUUGCUUUUGUCAAAAUUCGAACAAG